GGGGGGAAGUCGGCGCCGCGCGCGGUCCAGAGCGGCGGUGGCGCGCACGCGGGCCCGGGGCGCCGCCGAGCCCGGGAGAAGGGUGGCGGCGUGGUCUCCUCUCCCCAUUCCUCCCCUCUCCCGGUAGGAGGCAGCGGCGAGACCGGCGCCGCAGCGCCGGGCCCAGGCGGCGGUCCGCCCGCCAUGCCUGCCGGCCCGCCGUGAGUGGCUGCGCGCGGCGCGGCGCCGCGCCAUGGAGCCGGAUCCAGUCUGGGCCGCGCUGGUGCUGCUCUUUGCCGCCUCGCUGUUCACUGUCGCGGCCUGGUUGCUUCAGUACUGGCGAUCUGCGGGCCUGCGGGCGCCGCGGGGGCGCGGGACGGCGUCGGCGGAAGAGGCCGGCGCCCGGGCGCUGCUCGCCGCUCUGCUCUCUCUCCGGUCCCUGCGGGAGCAGUGGCAGCGGGCCUGGGUGCGAGCCCUCAACAGCCAGGCGCGUCGGCACGGGAGUUCAGUGCAGAUCACGUUUGAAGAGGGUCUUCAGUUACCGCUGGCCACGACUAUAACUCGAGUGACGUGCGAGGGACGGUCGGACCACAGCAUGGUGCUGUGCUGCCACCUGUCAGCUGAAGCUGUGAGAUUCCCCGUCUCUGUUACUCAGCAGUCCCCGUCUGCCGUGUCCGUGGACACCUAUCGCGUCACUUUGGCCGCGCUGCAGGCUCAGGUGGAGAUCCGCUUGGGGGAGGUAGAGAAUGAAGGUCUUCUGGUGUCGUGGAUGUUCAAGGACAGACCAGACCUGAACCUUUCAGUUCUUCCAAGACAUCGGCCUGACGAGAAUGAAGGAAGAGUGGACCUGUCCACCAUAAAGGAUCUGAUCGAGGAUACCGUUGUCAGCACUCGACCGGCCGUGAUGGUGAAUAUGAAGGCCUGCACUGCCGGAGCCGACGAGGUACCCGGCAAUAAGUCGACUCGAGAGACCCCAUCUGGAGCGGUGGCAGCCCCUCGGCCUUGCAAGCUGUUACUCAGAAACCUUCGAGUGCUGAACCUGGGCUGUCAAGGAAAGGGAGGCAUCGGGGAGAUAUGCUGCGUGGCAGAGCUAGACAGCCCAGCACAGCGGAAGCGGACGAGGCCGGUGAUGGCCAGCGGUGCCGGCGCUGCGGCGGAGAUGGAGUGGAACGAGGAGCUCUUUCUGGAGCUGGGGCCAAGAAGUAAAGAGCUGAAGCUGCAGGUGCUGGGUAACAGAGACGGAGCGGGACAUGUGCUGCUGGCACACACCACGCUUUUGCUUGAUUCUUUCGGCAAACGACCCUCUGGGAGACAGGCCUGCUCGCUGGCCCCUGUAUCCGGGCGGUCACUGGCGGCCGAAGCCACCGUUACGUUGGAGCUGCUAUUCCAGGAGUCUCCUGCAUCUUUGAACACUCAGCACGCGACAUCUCCACGAAGCAGCAUCACCCCCACUAAGAAGGUGGAAAUGGACCGGACUGUCAUGCCUGACGGUACCAUCGUGACUACCGUCACCACGAUUCAGUCCCGGCCCAAGGUGGACUGCAAACUGGAUUCACCUUCGAGGUCGCCUUCCAAGGUGGAAGUGACUGAGAAGAAGACGACGGUGCUUUUGGAGAGCGGCUGUGCUUGUGGCCACGUGGCCGGCGGUAGCCGGGACAGCCGUACGCCCGACGGCUUGGAUCCGGUGGCUGAGACAGCGAUCAGGCAGCUAACCGAGGCGAAUAACAAGCCCGCCAAGAAGACACCGACAAAACGUAGCACGCUGAUCAUCUCGGGAGUUUCCAAGGGAUCGGUGCAAGAAGGGUCUGGCGUGGUCUCAGCGGCUCCAGAGAGCCUUUUCGUCCCUUCCUUGCGGCUCGUUGCCGUGUCCCGGUGGGUGUGGAAGGUACCCAUCGCUCAAGAUGAAGCGGCACUUUCUCUGGGUUAUGCCGCGUCUCUGGAGGCCGUGGCGUAUGGGGAUUCCACGUCAGAAGGCAUGGCUGACCGGACGCACGAUUCUACCGAAUUGUCGCAGCCGCCAGAAGCAUCACUGUCGGGACAAAGGGCGGGUCAGGAGCCGGAUGAGACGACGCGUUCGGACAUCUCCGAGAGACCGUCGGUGGAAGACGUUGAGUCUGAGACGGGCUCCACGGGAGCCCUCGAGACCAGGAGCUUGAAAGAUCACAAAGUUAGUUUUCUUCGGAGCGGUACCAGGCUCAUCUUCCGGAGGAGGAGCAAGCAGAAGGAAGUGGGCCUGAGCCAGUCGCAUGAUGACUUGCCCAACGUCACCGACUCCACCGUUGGGAAGAAAGGCAGCGGCUUCUCCCGCCGCCUCAUCAAGCGCUUCUCCUUCAAGUCUAAGUCCAAACCCAAAGCUAGUGAUGGCACGAUGGCAGGUGACAUAGAGUGUCACGGUAGAGUAAUGACCGGCUGUGGCUAAACUGUUUCGGAAAUGGUCUUUGUUUACUCGUGAUAUCGCAGCUCCUCCUACCGGCGUGACUGCUCCACGCCGCCUUUCCUCACUCGUGCGGGUACCGGACCAAAUACCCAUGCCGAAUUUGAGUUGGCGCCCCUCCUCGUGCGUGCUCUUUUGUACUUGGAUGCCUUCUCUCUGGGAGGAUUAUUUUAACCCCAGAUUGUUUAGAAGAAAAAAAGUUUGGAAUUAUGUAGGUGUUUGAGAAGAAACGGAACUAAUUUGGACUUAGUGAAUGAAGUUCUUGCACCUUUGUCAAUGUUGAAGAAUAAUUCCGUUGCUGUGUAAUGGCUUGAACCUGUUAACUUAUUAAAUCCGCAGGGAAAUCAAAA